AUGCCCGGAGUCCCGCAGGGCCCGGCGGUGUGGGUCGGGGCGGCCGAGUGGCGCGGGGCGGCCGAGGCCACGGUGAGGAAGGCGGAGCGGCUGACGGAGCGCUGCGCCCUGGAGGCCGCGAGGCUGUGGCAGCCCCGCGCCGGCCCGCGCGCCCCGAGCCCCGCGCCGGGCCCCGGCCCCGCGGUGCCGCUGCCCCUGCUCCGCGACGCGCGCGCCCAGCACACGGCCGCCCUGGUGCGGGCCCACGCGCGGGGGACGCGGCUGGUCGCCGCGCGCCUCGGCCGCGCCCUGCAGCAGCUCGAGCGGCAGCUGCGGCGGCUGCUGCGCCAGCGCCAGGCCACGGGCCAGCGGCUGCGCGCCGUGCGGGGCGGCCUCCUGCUCAACCGGCGCAGCGCGCAGAUGCGCGGGGCCCGGCCCGAGGCCGAGAAGAUCCCCGACAAGGCCGACAGCGCGCUCGCCUGGGAGAGGCAGGAGCUGCAGGCCCUGAAGAGCACGAUGGAGAAGGACAUGGACAAGUCGGAGGCGCUGCUCCAGACCCUGGCUUCCUGCCGGGACGCGGUGCAGUUCAACUAUCGUGAGAGGGCCCAAGUGUUGGACCUCAUAAACCAGCCCCUGGACAAGGUUCUGGAGCAGGCCGGCCGCCACUCCUGGCUGGACCUGACCCGCACCCCCACUCCGCAAACCAAGGGCAUGAAGACCCCGUCUCCUGACCCCCUGGGUGCCUACACCCCCGAGUGCGCAGCGCUGAUGCGGGAGGCCACGCGGCUGCUGGCAGAGUCGGCCGACGCCCUGCAGGACCUGGCGGCCAACGAGGCGGCCGUGAGCGCGCAGCAGGAGCAGAUGUGCGACCGCGUGUGCUCCACGCUGGUGCAGAAGAUGCGCGAGACCACGGAGCUAAAGGAGAAACUGACCAUGGCCUUUGGGCUGAUGAGGGGGGCCAUCCACCGGAGCAACAAGUUCAAUCACGAGAUGUCCAUCACCCACGGCCUCAUCAAGGGCCCCAUAUCAAAAAAACACCUGGAGGUUCGAGAGAAGCUGGACAGACCCCUGGUUCGUGUGUUCCAGAGGCAUGUGGGCACCCAACUCCCCGAGGCCUCGCGCCUGGGCCAGGGCACCGACCAGCUGCAGCGCCACAUGGCACAGGCGGAGAAGAACCUUUCAGAGCUGCACGAGAUGCGGGAGCACCUGGCACGGAGCCUCGCCUGCAAGAAGCUGGCGCAGGAAGUGGACCACAAGGUGGUGCGGCUGCGCCUUCGCCAGCGGCCCAUGCUCCAGUGCUCCGCAGCAGCCCCGCGACAGGGACAGGGACAGGGAGAAGACAGGGAGCCCCACUCCCCUCCGCCGCCCCCACCGCCCUGA